AUGCGCAGUAUAGACGAUAUCCAGCAGUGGAAUGCGCAUUUGCAGGCGCAGCUUGAUUUUUUCCGUCGGGAGCAGCAGGACGAUUGCGCUCGCGAGGCGGACACAGUGGCGAAAUUCCGUCCGUUCUCGGCUGAGGUUGAAGCAGUAGCAAUACCGAAUAACAUGAAGAUAUUGGUUCUAGAUUCAAAUAGCGGAGAUUCAGAUCCUAAGGAUCACCUCCUAUAUUUCAACACAAAGAUGGUGAUUAGCACAGCGUCGGAUGCAGUAAAAUGCAGGAUGUUCCCAUCCACAUUUAAGUCAACGGCGAUGACAUGGUUCACAACUUUUAUGCGAGGUUCGAUUUCAAAUUUUCGUGACUUUUCCUCAAAGUUCUUAGUGCAAUUUUCUGCGAAUAAGGUACAACAAGUCACAAUCAAUGAUCUGCACAAUAUUCGUCAACAAGGGGCCGAGUCUUUGAAGAAGUUUAUGGCGCGAUACAACACAGCGUCCGUGAAGGUAGAGGUCAUCGAGUCGUGUUCUUGUGCCUUGGCAUUCAAGAAUGGUUUGCUACCUGGAAAGUUGAAUAGCAAACUAAGCAGAAAACCAGCUCAAUCCAUGGCGGAGGUGCGUGCCCGAGCAAGCACGUACAUCCUGGAUGAAGAGGACGAUGCGUUCAAACGCAAGCGUGCAAGAAUGGAACGGGACGGAAUUUCAGUUAAGCACUCACGGAAGGACAAGUAUAGUAGAGAGCGGGGUGAGGGAAGUCGGCGCAAGGAAGAAAAAGGCAAGGCGGCGGCGAAGCCGACUAGAGAGCAGCUGUACCCGCCGAGGGAAGACUACGAGCGUCGUCGCCCUUGGCAGUCGCAUGGCCACCACCGGCGUGAGGAAAUAGACAUGGUACUCAACACUAACCUUACAGAUAUGUUUCGCGAGGCCAAGGCGGCGAGCUUAGUUGAUGAACCUGAGAUGCCAAAGUAUCAGCCAUGA